UGGUUUGCGGAAGUGUCGGUACAAACGCGAAACUGAUACGAUAGUUUAGUUGUUUUUUUUUAUUUACAAUAUUUUUAUUUUUUUUUAAUGCUAAUCUCGAGUGAGUACUUCAAAUUGGAUCAUAUAUCACCCACUGCGGCGAUGGUAGGAGGAAGCGCCAUGAAACAUCGUAAUGGCGUGAAACCGUGGACUGUAGUGGUCAUGUCUGGAGUCGUUUCUGCUGUAUUUGUAGUUGCUAUCGGCGCUUUAUGCGCACUUCUUGACCCCAUACUGCAAGAGUUGCGGGCGGGCAGAGUGAAGAAAGAGGAUGGGGCAGAAGUGAGGAUGUUGGGUUUCUGGAGUGUCCUGGUUCUCUCGGUGUUGGCUGGACUCACCUGCUGUCUCUUCUCAUGGACUCUGACCUACCUCAACUCUUACAAACCAGGCCUGCGGCCACCAACACCGCUGACACUGUUCAGUUUCGGAGACAAACACAACAGAGAUUUCCUGUUGGAUUACGGUGUCGCUCUCCUCAAUGGCGCCAUGGCAACGCUUACUGCCAUCUGGAGCCUGACCUGACUUGAUCCGAUGUUUUUGUCCAUCAGGGAGCGAUGCCCGUUAUAACGUUUUCAGAUAUGAACUGUUCACUUUGAAAUUAUUAGAGAAUUUUUCUUUUUCAUCCAUGUCAAAAUUUGAAUACAAAGUCUAAACAAA